AUGGCGUCUAAGUCGGAGGAUUUGUUUCACGAGGCGAUUAAGUUCUCUUUGGAAAAACUUGGCAAACCAGACCUGAAACUAAAGAGGGAACAAUUUGAAGCCAUAAGGGCUCUCUGUGUUGAAAGAAAGGACGUUUUAGCUGUAUUGCCGAUGGGUUUUGGUAAAUCUUUAAUUUAUCAAAUUUUGCCCGCAAUAUUUGAUUUCCUUCGAAACAGAAGGGACAAGCAAGAAGAAAACUCUGUCGUUAUAGUUGUUUCUCCUCUUAAUGCCUUAAUAAAGGGCCAACUUAAAAAAUUAGAAGGAUUUUUAAGUGUCUGUGUUGUGCAAAGUGUGAAAGACAAGGAAGGAGAGAAUAAAGUAAAUUUGCCUCAAGAUGUGAGGAAAUGCAAGUGCCACUAAAUGUGGCAUGGUGGAAAUAUUGGGGCUUUCAAAUCCAAAAAUUGUUGAAAGUAACCUAGACAGAGCAAACAUUUACUGUGCAUCGCACACUCGUUCUGACAAAGGUGAUGAGAAACUUGAUUCAAUUUUGGAACCCAUAGUUACUGAGUUGAAAGCCUAUAAGGUAAAUAUGCCCCUUACACUGAUUUAUGGAAGCCUUGAAACUAUUUCCGACUGCUUUCUGUAUUUUAGCACAAAGAAGGGUGAAGAUCAAUUUUAUCUGCCCAAUGCUGAACCCUUGGCCAAAAACAGAUUGUUACCCAAUAUCAUGCUCAAUAUCCCGAAAGUGAAUGCUCUAGGAUUGUGGAGGAAUUGGUGCAGGGGACUUCAACCCAUCAUGUUCUUUUUGCAACCAUUGCUUUUGAACUAGGUAUUGACUGUAAUGACAUUCGAAGAGUUGUACACAUUGGGGUGCCAUACUCAAUGGACGAUUAUUGUCCAGAAGUGGGCAAAGCUGGAAGAGAUGGUCUACCUGCAGGGGCUGACAUA